CACUUCACCUCCCACCCUGGCCAUGAGCGUCAUCGCUUUGCGCUACUUGCGUUCCCGCAAUGCCACCGGGAACACGUUGCUGUCGAGCACGGAGCAGCUCACAGACGUGUCCAACACGCAAUACUUGGGCAAAAUCAGCGUUGGCACGCCCGGGCAGAGCCUCGAGGUGAUCUUCGACACGGGCUCCUCGGACCUCUGGCUGCGUGGCGACGUCUUCGCAGCGGCGGACUCCAGCAGCUUCGUGGAUUUGGAGGCGGAGGCGUCGGUGGUCUACGGUGGACAGGUGCCCUUGCAAGGGAAACUCGUCCAGGAGACGAUCACACUAUGCGAUGCGAGGUGUUCUUCCCAGUCAAUGUUGCUGGUGCCUGCUGGCUCCAUGCCUAGCGUGGUGGCUGAUGGAGUGCUGGGCUUGGCGAUGCCUGGCUUGAGCCACACAGGAAUGACCUUCCUGCAGCACCUUGAAGGGCAAGGGAUAGACCGCUUCGCUUUCGCCCUUUCUGGUCCCGAUGCUGAAUCCUUCUUCAUCCUGGGCAUGCCAGGAACGGAUUGGUAUCAGACGUCCUCCUUACGAUGGACUCCUUCCAGCUCUCCGGACCGUUGGUGGUCCUUUCAGGGGGAGCUGGUGGUGAAGAAGCACGCCAUUCUCAGUGGGGAGUUCUUGUUGGAUUCGGGCACCUCCUUCAUUGCCGUCUCCUCAUCCAUGCAAGAGCGCUUGCUGCGACGGAUGCUGCCGGAGGCUUCUGAGAGAUGUUACCUGAACUCCGGAAAUCUCUUCAUGUGCCCCUGCGACGUCGGCCCUCAGAUGCACCACGUGGGUGUGCUGGUGGAGGGGGAGAUCUUUGAAAUGACGUCUUCGAGUUUAUUGACUCCAUCGGAUGAUUUCUGGUGUGUUUUGGCACCUGGGCAGGAUAGAUGUGUAUAGUCCUUUUUCUCUGGGGCAUCAGACCAAACGGGCUCGUGCAACAACGCACAUUGCCAUGUCAUUUUGCUCCAACAUCCAGAUCAACCAGGAAUGUUGCUGGACGCCAAGAACUUUCCCUAGGGAUCCAAGCACCUUCUCAGAAGAUGAUUGGAGACACUGUUAUGUAGGUGCCAGGAUCGUCCAGCCGUACCUUCCGAGAAGGUGCGACUGGAUCCCUAGGGUUUAAGGUUUUCAUUUUUGGGCCAAGGAGAUAUGCUGGAGAAGCAUAAUAAUGUCGACGUCGGAUCAGUCAACGGGGGAGUCCCCCCCUUCAAGGUCAACAAGGUUUAAGAUUGGAGGUAUUGGAGGACCACAUCCCCCUAAUAAAGGUGAUGACCUGAUAAUGGAUGAUGAGAUGAUGACGUGGACUGGAUGAUGGUUGAUGGGAUUCUGUGUGAACCAUGAGAGUUUGAACCAUGAGAACCAUGAGAGCUCUGAGUAUGGUAGAUCAGAGCCAUGCCAAUAAAUAACAACAAUCAAACGCGUAACCGUGAACCAACUACGUUGUUUUUCUGGUGCAGCUGGGCUUGAUUAAUAUGGGGGGGUGUUCUGGCCAGGAAAGGUGG